CUUCAUCUGACUUACCACCUCUCUGUUCUUGCUUGCUGCUCUAGCUUGCUCCAUAGUUGGCAGAAGUGGUAAAUUUUGCGAGUCUCAGCUUGUCCAGUCUUGACCUUCGAUCUUGAUUGUUGCAUCACCAACCCGUCCGGUCACGUCAGUGUGGAAGCUUGAUCCUCGAACAUUCUUCACUGAUCAUCCAAAGAUCAUCCUCGAGGCCCACUAGGAAUAGCCCGCUAGUACUCACAUUCACAAUGCCAAACGAAGGAACAGAAGAAGCGAACUCAUUGAAACGACCGUUGGAGGCGUUGGAUGAAAACGGGAAUGAGAACAAACAGGAUGACGGAAAUUCGUCGUUGCCAAAAAGACCUAAAAUGACUUGCAAUCAAACUGCUGUUGCUAUUUUGCAAGAGCUAUGCAUGAAGCGAAAAUGGAAUCCGCCACUCUACGAAAACACAGACAUCAGUGGGCCCUCUAAUGACCCAAUGUUUGAAGUUUCUGUUACCCUCUGCAAUGGAAUCAAAGGAGUUGGUAGAGGACGACAAAAGAAAGCAGCUAAACAUGAUGCAGCAAAGAAAGCGUUGGAACAACUGAAGGAAAAGGCUUUGACAGAUGGUAGCGAUAGACCUGUUACUACUGUUCAGAGCAAGGGGCCGAUAAACCCUCAUGAAGAUGCUAGUGGACUGAAUGCUGUCGGAGAGCUUCAAAAUUUGUGCAUGGCUAAACGCUUUCCAGCACCUGAAUACACAGUUAUUGGAGAUGAAGGAGAGCCACAUGAGAAGCGGUUUACCUACAAAUGUACUGUCUCUCAAAGGAGUGCGACAGGUGUCGCACGCAAAAAGCAACUUGCAAAGCACUAUUCUGCACUAGAAAUGCUGAAGAUUCUCAAUUCAAGCAUGAAAACGAUUCUAGAUGAAAUUCCUAAUGAUCCUGCUGUUUCUUCAAUGUAUUCCCAAAAAAACAAAGAAGUGCCUGUUUCAGUUUUAGAAAAGCACAAGAAAACAGAUACUGAAGUUGUGGAACGAUAUAAAAUUCUCAGAGAUAAUAUUGCUGAAAUUCCCUCAGCACCGUUGAUCAGUCCAGGAACUAAAUUUGCGGACUACCAUCUUAAGUUUGCCUCACAGCUGGAGGGCUACAAAGAUAUCGUGGCAAAGCCUGUAAUCAAGACCGAGCCAAAUCCCUUCAAGAAAUUACAAAUGAUAGCAGAGGAACUUCAGUUUAAGAUCUGUGUAACCUCAGAACAAGGCAAGGAUGGAAGAUCCAUUGUCUUUGUUCAGCUUGAAACAGAACCACCAACUAUACAGGCUGGGCUUCAUAAAGAUGAGUCUGCUGCCACGCAGCAAGCAGCUCUCAAUGUUCUACAAUUUCUUGAUAUAAUGUGCUAGCUAUUGUUUCAAUCUCAUAAUUUAGUCCAAUUUGCUAGAUCAUCUCAAAUGCAUGUAUGUGAUAUUGGCCAUUAAGGCAGAUUUUGGUGCUUUUCUGGCAAAAGUAGGGAAUGGCACUUACUGUGCUCAUCCAAAUAUCUCUUUUGUAAAUUGUUGUAAUUUCAGAUAGGUCAUAAAAGUGAAUUAUGAUUCUUCCUAUGACCUCAUGGUGUUCUGUGUUAAUUUCUUUCAACUUGAAAUUCUGACCUCUUCAAGUGUUUUAUAAAUGUUUAUUUGUUAUUUUAAUUUGGGAGGGGAAAAGUUUAAUUAAAAAAAACUCUUUUUUUACGCAA